CGUCAUGAACGGGGAAGGGAACGUUCAUGGGCGGAACCGGCGGCAUUCCAGGCGGCUGGAGUCAGGUUUCCGUUUCCUUCCAGCGUCCUGGGUAACGGUGGGCCUGGCGUGAAGGUGGAUUGUCCCGAGGCAUAGGUGACAUCCAGGAGGACUGGGGAGUGGCUAAUGUUGUUCCUCUAUUUAAGAAGGGAACAAGGGAAAAUCCUGGAAACUACAGACUGGUUUAAUUAUGGACUACAUAUUAGAUCAUGAUAUCAACUAGUCGCAACAGAGACAUUGAGCGGCGAGCUGAAUAUCUGCAAGCUGAUCAGUGUGUACCACCCACUUCCAGUGACAGCUCGAUGGAUAGGAUCUGGUUCAUCAAAGAUGGUUGUGGGCUGGCCUGUGUCAUUGUAACCUGGAUGCUGAUUUUCUAUGCCGAGUUUGUGGUGGUUUUUGUAAUGCUCAUCCCUGGAAAAGAUUUGCUGUACAGUAUCAUAAAUGGGAUUAUCUUCAAUGCACUGGCUUUCCUCGCCUUGGCUUCUCACUCUAGAGCCAUGCUGACGGAUCCUGGUGCAGUACCAAAAGGGAAUGCCACUAAAGAAUUCAUUGAAAGUUUACAGCUGAAACCAGGUCAAGUGGUGUAUAAAUGUCCUAAAUGCUGCAGCAUCAAGCCAGAGAGAGCACAUCAUUGCAGUGUAUGUAAAAGAUGUAUUCGAAAGAUGGAUCAUCAUUGUCCAUGGGUUAACAACUGUGUGGGAGAGAAUAACCAGAAGUACUUUGUAUUGUUUACAAUGUAUAUUGCUCUGAUAUCACUACAUGCUCUUAUCAUGGUUUGCUUCCACUUUCUGUAUUGUUUUGAAGAGGAAUGGCUGAAAUGCAGUUCAUUCUCACCACCAUCCACAGUAAUACUGCUCAUCCUUUUGUGCUUUGAGGGACUACUCUUCCUUAUUUUCACUGCUGUGAUGUUUGGCACCCAAGUACAUUCUAUCUGCUCAGAUGAGACAGGAAUAGAGCAGUUGAAAAAGGAAGAGAGAAGAUGGGCUAAAAAAACAAAAUGGAUGAAUAUGAAAGCAGUGUUCGGUCAUCCAUUUUCAAUAGAAUGGCUAAGUCCAUUUGCAACUCCUGAUCAAGGGAAGGUAGAUCCCUACCAAUAUGUGGUCUGAGUCAUCCUAAGCCAGCAAUCCAAUUCAAACUGGUUAUUUAAAAGAAACUUUUUAAAAAAAAUACCUAUUGUAACUUACUUGAUAAGUUAUCCACAAUAUUGUGUCCUUUCUGGUGGCUUAACAUUUUAGGAAUGCUUGAAUGAUGAAUAAUGUUCUGGAGUCUUCUCUGUUCAGUGAAACAAUAGAUCAGUCCCAAACCAUCUCACCUAUUUUGUACUGCAAGGAUAAUGUAGAGCAAGUUUCUGAUGACUGUAGAUGUAGCUAUCAAAAUAAAGAAUAAUUAAUUCAAGUGAAAUAAAAGUUCUAAGGAUUCUGAAAUUUCAAGGACUUGUCAUACUAGGAUAUUUCUGGGACUUGCCACCUUAUUGAUUUAUAUCCUUUGGGUGUGUUAGAGUUGAUCAAGUCUGAAUUGAUCUUUCUUCAGCAAGUACUUAUUGAAUACUGCUGAGCUUACCCCAGGUCAUGAUAAGAGAUGCCCCAUUAUUUACCAAUAUGGAUUUCAUAUCAGAGCCUUUGAGAAACUGAGCUGUUUGUCCAGUCUGGAUUCUUCUUGCUACUAGUGAUCCAUAGUGGAGGGGAGACUGCCUUCUGGCUUUGUGUGAACAAUGUAACGCUAAAGGAGCAGAGUCCUUGUUAAGCAAAGUUGUUGAUCAAAGCUUGUCAGUGCUGAAACCUAAAAUCAGAAGUUGUUGGAGUUGGAAAUGCUCACUGGUCUGAGGCAACACAAUGCUUUACAGCACCAGCGAUCAGGGUCGAUUCCUGUCUCUGCCUGUAAAACGUUUGUACAUUCUCCCUGUGACCAUGUGCACUUUUUCCACGUGGUCCACUUUCUUCUCACAGUUCAAAGACUUAUCAGUUGGUAAGUUAAUUGGUCACUGUAAAUUAUCCUGUGGUUAGGCUCGGAUUAAAUCGGGUUUGCUGGGUGGCAUGGCUCCAAGGGCUGAAAGGGCCUAUUCCACACUGUAUUAAAGUUGAUUUAAUAUUUUGACAAUAACAGUUUGUGAUGGUGACAAUGAAUUGUAACAAGCGGCCACCUGUUAAGUGCCAAAGCUGUAUCACAUGGCCACAAAUAUCAGAUUGUUAGUGCAUUACUUUUUUAUCUUAGUAUUACAAAUAAUUGUGAACUUGUUUUAUCUGACCUGUUGACUAUUCUGUUACUGAGCAUAGCCAAGAAAAUGCUAUCGGAAUUCUUCUUGUUAACAGCUCUACCGACCCUUCAUGGGGUGCUCAAUUUGAUUUGCUGUAAGUUUCAAGAGGUAAUUGCUGUCUUCCAAAUACUGCAGGAAAAUAAAUGUUCUGUUCCUGAACUUCAUAACAUCAAGAUUUUAAAAGGUUUGAAUUGUUGUAUUUCUGUUUAAAUGGCCUUCUAUUGUGUUCAGACUCCUGUGUUAUCCUGCAAUAGGCUGUUCUACUUUAACCUUCUUCCACCAUGCAGCUUAAUCUUGACCCAUCUUGGUCUUGAUCCCCUUAUUACCAUGAAUGGUCUGCCACUGUCAGUGUGUGAAAAUUUACUGUCAGUCAACACCCACUGUUUUCCACAGGAGUUGUUCAAGUGGCAUAGUCUGUCUUUGGUGUGUUUUCAGACUAAGAAAUAAGUUUUGGUUUCAGGGUAAGGGAAGUUGGUGAGGUGAUUUCCAAAUCUUCAUCUUGGGGUUGGGGGUUCACUUUGCUACAGAUAGUUCCAGCUGUCAGCUAUGUUCUCUCCUCUGAGACUCGAUGGGCUGGUAUUGAGGGAGCAGGCUUAUGUGGUGGAGAAUGAAAACUACCUUUUGCUGAAAUACUUCUGAGUCAUUUUCAAUGUUUUAUUCUUUACAUUCAUAAAUCGUUGAAAGUUAAAUUGAUAGUUGUCAAGGCAUAAGGGAAGUAAAACCGAGGAAUGAAGGAGAACAUUGAAUAUCUCAAAUUUGCUCCUUAGCAAUGGGUUUGAUAGUGGCAGGGCCUGAAUCUCUUUGCAAAGCUUAGUACUGAGCCAGAGCGACCAGCGGUAUCUUCUAUUUGGUGAGUUAUUUAACGUCAGCCAGAGUGUCAGUGGUUGCACAAGGUUUUGCUUUUGGUGCUUGAUGGGAAAGGGUAAAGUUGUGCUCUGAAUGCCCUUGAUGAACACUGGAUAGGGUGCAGUUUGUGUGGUAGUACCCUUUGGGAUGUACUGAAGCAGGAAGGGGAGGGCCAUGUGUUAACGUGGUAGUAUCCUUUGGGAUGUACUGAGGCAGAAAGGGGAGGGCCAUCUGUUAACGUGGUAGUAUCCUUUGGGAUGUACUGAGGCAGAAAGGGGAGGGCCGUGUGUUACCGUGGUAGUAUCCUUUGGGAUGUACUGAAGCAGGAAGGGGAGGGCCAUGUGUUAACGUGGUAGUAUCCUUUGGGAUGUACUGAGGCAGAAAGGGGAGGGCCAUGUGUUAACGUGGUAGUAUCCUUUGGGAUGUACUGAGGCAGAAAGGGGAGGGCCAUGUGUUAACGUGGUAGUAUCCUUUGGGAUGUACUGAGGCAGAAAGGGGAGGGCCGUGUGUUACCGUGGUAGUAUCCUUUGGGAUGUACUGAAGCAGGAAGGGGAGGGCCAUGUGUUAACGUGGUAGUAUCCUUUGGGAUGUACUGAGGCAGAAAGGGGAGGGCCAUGUGUUAACGUGGUAGUAUCCUUUGGGAUGUACUGAAGCAGGAAGGGGAGGGCCGUGUGUUAACGUGGUAGUAUCCUUUGGGAUGUACUGAGGCAGAAAGGGGAGCUGUGCCAAGGCAACUGUUAUGCAGUGUAUGAAUAUCUUUUGGAGAGGUCAAACAAGGUGAAAAUAUUCUUAAGGAUGAAAGGAAAACUCAUUUGUUUUAGUGGGUAAUGGAUAAAUUUAGUUUUGUACAAAUGCAAGAUAAUCUGUGUCUAGCAAAGAUUGGCAGUUGUUUUUAAAGGAGAAAGACAUUUUUAAGAAACUCAAGUUGUCUUAGUUUUGGAAUUCUAGAAAUGGGUUUAUAAUGUGGUUCAUAGGCUCUAAAAAUGUAUUUAGAAAGAUAGGCUUAAAUUGUCAGAUGUGAAACACUUUUUGCAAUGCUGGAGUCUGGAAAGGUAACAUUCUGUAGUCCACAGAAUAGUUCACAUUAGGCUAGAAGAUAUAAAUUGUUGGUUUUUGGUUUUCUGUUUAGAUUACAACUUUGCCAAAAAUAUCAUUAUAUCUGGUAACCAUGUGUCCUGUGUAUGCUGGGGCCAACUCUGAAGUACAUUUUAAAUAUGCAUAUUUAACCUGGGAUUUGGAAAAAUUCUGUUUUAUGUUUGUCUUAAACAUUGACUUUGGAUGCAAUCUGAGUACUGUGUGAAAAUAAUCAAAUAAAAAUUUUACAAAGA